CUUUGUGCGCGGAUGCUGCGGGAGCGCAGUGCUGAGGAUGCUCGCGCGCUGCCUCCGCUGUUAGAGCAGGAGUAUUUAUAGCGCUUACUUAUUUAUUAUUUAUUAUUUAUUUAUUUAUUUAUUAUUUUUAUUUAUUUAUUGCUGAAGUCGCAGGUCGGGUUUCUGAGCAGGAACAUGGCGGAAUCCGGUCACUUCGGGUUCAGAUGAUUUUUCUUUGUUUUAAAGAAAAAAGGAUUUUCGGUGCAGUGACAUUGCGGAUUCACUUCAGUCACAGGGUUGCCAGAUUGCGCAGAUUUCAGCUGUUAUUAGUGUGGAGUGUUAUUAUUGUUAUUAUUAAUAAUGCCAUGGCGUUAAUGGAGAAGUGUGUGUAGUGUAUAGUGUGUGUAUAGUGUGUAGUGUAUAGUGUGUGUGUGUGUGUAUUGUGAGCUCUGUGCUGAUGAAAGACUGCGUUAUAAACCUCAGCCCUUCGCUCCAGGUUGCCAGAUUGAGUCUUAAUUUUAAUCCUGAGCAGGUCCUUGUGUUAAAUUAAUUCUGUAGGAUUCUGUAGAAUUAGUGUUUAUUAUUUAAAAAAUCACACAGACCGGAAGUCCAGAAUCAGUCUGGUUUAUAAUCACCAGAGAUUUAUAGUAGAGUGUUUACAGGGAGGAUAAACAUCCUGUAAAUCUGGCAACCCUGAACCAGGAGGGAGAGGGAAGAUGGCGGAGAGCGCGAGACACGCAGACACCGGAGGUACAGGUGCAGCAGGUCCAGCUAAAGUGAUGACAUCAUCACCAGUUUCUGAAAAGAAACAUCAGAGAAAUGGCCACGCCUCCCCAGCUCACCAGUCAGCCAAUCAGAGCAGCCCAACCGCUGCUGAAACGUUGACUCCGCCCUCUGUGUCAGAGAAGAAGCCUCUGACCAAUGGGCACGCUUCACCUGUCCGCCAUCCAGCCAAUAGCAGCAACGGCCAGACAGGUAACCAGUGUGUGGAGUCUCUCCUCACAACAGACGACAGGAUGCGACUGGCCAGAGAGAGACGAGAGGAGAGAGAGAGGAGUCUGGCGAUGAGGGAGCAGGCUCUGAUGGAGAAGGAGCGCCGCGCUCGUCUGCAGUACGAGAGAACGAGGGAGGAGAGGUGGAGGCGGCUGGAGGAGCAGAGGCAGAAGGAGGAGCAGCGCAGAGCCGCCGUGGAGGAGAAGAGGAGGCAGCAGCUUGAGGAGGAAAAGGAGCGUCUGGAGGCUCUGAUGAGGAAAUCACUGGAGCGAAGUCUUCAACUGGAGAACAGAAACAAACGCGGGACCUGGGGGAUGAACGGACAGAGCGACUAUGCUCUCCCCCAUGACCUCAUCGCUCCCUCUCCUGCUACCAACGAAUUAGGCAACGUCCAUCAUGGUCACAUGACCUCUGUGGACAACCUGACACUCCAUCGUCUCUGUACACACACACACUCCUCACUCGCUCGCUGCAGCAGUGACGCCGAGCUGUGUGUGCCCUGCCCACGGUACACAGUUCCCUCCAGUCCUCACAGGUCGCUGUACUGCGCGUCACCGAGCCGUCGCCGUGCCAACACUGUUGCCAUGGAGAUGGGUGGGGCAAAUUCAGCCCCAAAUACCCCAAAGAAGGAGAGAUUGCGCACAGAGAGAAGGACGCCGACUGGAUCACCUGUAAGACGAGCCGAAUCUCCUGCUGAUGUCAUCCGGCGCACCGCCUCGCCAAAGUUGUCUCCAAAGAGUCGUAAUCAGUCUCCUGUCCCGCUCCAUCAUUACCCUCCGUCCCCUCUGAGACACAGACCCUCGACACCCGUCACCGAUGACAACAAGGUCACCGCUAACAGCCAAGCCCAAGAGGUCAAAGGUCAUGACCCUGCAGAUAAGAAGCUGCUGACGGAGGUCAGUGCAGAAUGUGUGAGUGGAGCCUGUAAAGCAGAGAACCUCAAACCUGCAGACAGAGGCACAGACAGGAGCACAGAACAUUCACCUUUGACCUCUGGAAAGGCCGUCGCCGGGACAACGGAUGGAGACGAGGGGGCUCGGGUUUUGGCAGAGCGACGGCGUCUCAGUCGCGUACAGAAGGAGCAGGAGGAAAAGGACAGGCUGAAAGCUGAGCAGCUCAAGAAGAAGCAGGAGGAAAAGGAGAUGAAGGAGGAGAAGAAGAGAAAAGCAGAUGAAGAGAAGGAGCUUCAGGAGAAACAGGAGGUGGAGAGACAGCUGAUGAAGCAGCAGGAGGAGCAGGAGCGACAGCAGAGGAAAAAGAGAAUCGAGGAGAUCAUGAAGAGGACGCGGAAGAGCGAUGGAGAAAUGAAGAGAGAGGACAGUCAGGAGGCUCAUUCCCCGCCGUCACACACACACUCACACACACUGUCUCCGCCGGGUGAAGUCCAGGUGAACUCACAGGUAAAAGGUGAGGUGAAAGCCCCGCCCACUGGUGCACAGGUGAGCUCCACCCCACAAAACCAGACGCUGUUACGUGGACAGGUGAAGCCACACACACCUGAAAGCAUCAUCAAGCAGCAUGAGAGUGCAGAGAAGAGCUCACACACACCUGCACAGGUGCUGCACAACACUCCAUCAUUAAACUCUCCUGAUCAUAGAGGAACAGCUGUAAAAGUGGACAUCACUCCAGUGACACCUCAGAGAAGCUCACCUGUGAGAGAGGAACAGAGCGCUCACGUGAGGAAGAUCAACAGUUCAUCAGACAAGGUGCAGGAGAUGCAGGUGAAGAUCUCUGCUGAAAACCAUGAGAAGAAACAUCUUCCAGUCAAGGAGAGAGAGCAUGGAACAGGCCAGGUGAUCAGCCCUGAACUCACACAGGUGAUCAAACAGGAGCCCAGUGGCCAGGUUAAAAGUUCCCCCUCUGAACAAGUGAAGAGUUCAACCUCUCAACAGGUGAACAGCCCAGUGAAGACUCCAAACUUAGAGCAGGUGAACAGCCCAGUGAAGAGUCCAAACAUUCAGCAGGUGAACAGCCAGGUGAAAUGUCCAACUGUUCAGCAGGUGAACAGCCCAGUGAAGACUCCAGCCUUAGAGCAGGUGAACAGCCCAGUGAAGAGUCCAAACAUUCAACAGGUGAACAGCCAGGUGAAAUGUCCAACUGUUCAGCAGGUGAACAGCCAGGUGAAAAGUCUGUCCGCUCAACAGGUGAACAGCCCAGUGAAGACUCCAACCUUAGAGCAGAUGAACAGCCAGGUGAAGACUCCCACUGCUCAGCAGGUGAACAGCCAGGUGAAAAGUCCAAUCUCUCAGCAGGUGAACAGCCAGGUGAAAAGUCCAACCACUCAGCAGGUGACCAGCCCGGUGAAGAGUCCAACCUCUCAGCAGGUGAACAGCCCAGUGAAGAGUCCAACCUCUCAGCAGGUGAACAGCCAGGUGAAGAGUCCAACAGCUCAGCAGGUGAACAGCCAGGUGAAAAGUCCAACCUCUCAGCAGGUGAACAGCCAGGUGAAAAGUCCAACCACUCAGCAGGUGACCAGCCCGGUGAAGAGUCCAACCUCUCAGCAGGUGAACAGCCCAGUGAAGAGUCCAACCUCUCAGCAGGUGAACAGCCAGGUGAAGAGUCCAACUGCUCAGCAGGUGACCAGCUCAGUGAAGAGUCCAACUGUUCAGCAGGCGAACAGCCAGGUGAAGAGUCCAACAGCUCAGCAGGUGAACAGCCCAGUGAAAAGUCCAACCCCUCAGCAGGUGAACAGCCAGGUGAAGAGUCCAACCCCUCAGCAGGUGAACAGCCAGGUGAAAAGUCCAACAGCUCAGCAGGUGAACAGCCAGGUGAAGAGUCAAACCUCUCAGCAGGUGAACAGCCCAGUGAAAAGUUCAACUGCUCAGCAGGUGAACAGCCAGGUGAAGAGUCCACCUGUUCAGCAGGUGAACAGCCCAGUGAAAAGUCCAACCUCUCAGCAGGUGAACAGCCCAGUGAAGAGUCCAACAGCUCAGCAGGUGAACAGCCAGGUGAAGAGUCCAACCUUAGAGCAGGUGAACAGCCCAGUGAAAAGUCCAACUGCUCAGCAGUUGAACAGCCAGGUGAAGAGUCCAACCUCUCAGCAGGUGAACAGCCAGGUGAAGACUCCAACUGCUCAGCAGGUGAACAGCCAGGUGAAGACUCCAACUGCUCAGCAGGUGAACAGCCAGGUGAAGACUCCAACUGCUCAGCAGGUGACCAGCUCAGUGAAGAGUCCAACUGUUCAGCAGGCGAACAGCCCAGUAAAGACUCCAGCCUUAGAGCAGGUGAACAGCCAGGUGAAGAGUCCAACCUUCCAAGAGGGGCCCAGCCAGGUGAAAAACCCCACCACCCAGCAGGUGAACAGUCAGAUGAAGAGUGGGCAAGUGAAUGGCCAGGUGAGCUCGCAGGUGAAAACUAUCAUGACAUCAUCACAGGUGACAUCAAAGAAGACAUUGAGUAGCUCCUCCCCACUCAGCCCACUACCUGCAUCACAGUUCCCAGCACCUGUCAGUGACUUGGAGUGUCUAGAGAAAAGGGGCGGAGCCAGAAAGGAGUCGGCUGAUGAGGUGCAGUCGAUGGAGGUCAGCCCCGUGUCUAAAGAGGAACUGAUCUCAAUCCCGAAGUUUUCUCCGAUCUCUGAAGUUCAGAACGUGGUGAGCAACACUCGAGCGCUGGAGGACCUGCUGGAUCUGACUGGUCAUGUGACGUAUCCCAUAAUGCCGCGCAGCACCGCGCUCGGAGACUGCAACAAAAACGUGAUUGAGCCGAAACAGACUUCUAACACACUGAACACGAGAAGCAGAAAGGAGUGAGAGGUUGAGUGAGUCACACAGAGGAAGAGGAAGAAGAAAAAGAGGAAAUGCUUCAUCACUGGAUGGAUAGACUGAGCAUUAUCUUCAAACAUUAGCCACAUUAGCAUUGUCCUGCUACAGCUAAUAAUAACACAGAGACUAUCGAGGCUGGACUGAAAUCCAUCAUUAAUCAAUCUGCUGUUUAUUUAUUUAUUUAUUUAUUUAUUUAUUUCUCUGUAAUGAGAACAGUGUGUGCUGUUUAUUAUCUCUGGGUAAAUAUGUGUAUUGGGCAUGUGCUGAUAAUCAGACACACAAAAUAUCUAAUCACGAUUAAUCAUUGAUUAAAACUACACUCGUUUGUUUCACUUGGAAAUGAUCGUAAUUUUCUUCUAAACGUCAUUAUUUUGGACAGAAUGCAAGGGUGAGAAACGUGUUUACACAACUGAGACGUCAUCGUUGUGUUUGCAGAUAAACCGAAGUCAUUUCCAUAACAAGCUAACGCAACGCAAACAGAACAGGCGGGCUAGCGUUGCUUAGUUAAUUAGUUAAUUAGUUAGUUAGUUAGUUAGCUAUGUUAGCCAGCAUGUUCUUCUCUAAAAGAGCUAAUGGUUUAAAAUCUCUAGUGCGCUAUCGUGAUGUCAUACUGCGAUUAAAAAAACUCUGAUCGCGGUAUAGAAGCACACCGCAUGUGUAAAUACCUGUACAUUUAUACAAUAUGUAUAAAUAUGUUUGUAAAAAUGACGGCCAGCCAAAGUACAUGAAAGAGAAGAAAAACCUGACAGACUAAAAGACGUACGAUAUUCAUCACUACAGUGGAGGAGAUUGUUAGCGUGAACAGUAGACUAGCGCUGCUAUACAGUAAACGGGACUGGAUUUAUGCUAAUAUGCUCCGUUUUCCUGCACUGCAUUGCUUUAUCGCUUAUCAACACACAGUAUGUUUAUUGUGUAGCGAUUAGUUUGGACAAUUUUAAAGCAUUAAGUAUGCACUUAGCUAGCUAACUUAAUUAAAAAAACACACACACAGCAUAGGUGAGAUGCUAGCUAGCCUGAGUGAGCCAGUAAGCUAGCUGUGUUAGCGAGCACGUUCUUUGCUACAAGAGCUAAUUCUGGUUAAAAAGCGUUCGUCAUCCUGUACCAGAAGCCAGAGAUAAUAAAGCGUAAUAAAGGUGAAGGUGAUGAUCAUGCUAUAAAAAAAACGCAAAAAUGGCACGUUAGCACUGUGUUGUAUUUAGCGAACAGUAGAUCUGCAGCGUCAUGAUAAUGAAAAUGAAUUCUGCCUUGUGGACUCAAUGCUUUUACUAAAACACUAAAAUACAGAUUAUUUUAUGCUCGAGCUCACUGCGCUGUUUUCUGUAGAAAGCUAAUCAUCCCAUGAAUGAGCAGACUACAAGUUCCACAUUCUCUGUUUCAGAUUUCUUUUGUUUUUUGUGAAGCAGAACGUGUGUAUAUGAUCCUAAACCACAUGCUGUAUUAGCAUUUAGCGUUUAGCACACAGUGGUAAAGAGGCCUUCGUGUUAGCGUCAGGGUUUAGCCUGAUUAAGGGGCUGCUUCAGAUCCAUAUUUUCACUGUAAUGUUGUAGAAAUUAUGAGUGACAGAAAUCUGCUGUGGGGUGAAGAUGAGGCGGUGGUAAAGAUUUCUGCUCCUGUUUACUGUGUUUCUGUGUGAUGACGCACCGGAAAGUGUUUUCCUCGAAACGGGACUCAUCCUUUCUCCUGCUAGCGGAUAAAUCAUCCUACUGCACAUGGACUUUCUGUAAACAAGCUGCAUGAAGCCUGAACGCCAUGUUACGCUUAUUAAUAACAAUGCUAAAAAAUAAAAACAUUACACAAUUACAAAAUCUUUUAUUGU